UGGAGCCCCAAGGCCUUGAAGCUCAGGCUUUCUCUGGCAAUAUGGCAAGUAUCGUUAUUAUAUGCCAGUCGGAUCCAGAUGCUGGGAGACCUUCCAUUCGUCAUCCAUUCGUCCUCCAUCUGUCCUCUAUCCCCAAGGUUCAUCUGCAUCCCAACAACACCGUGUUUGCCCUACUCAAGGAGUCUUACGUACAGGACAAGCAUUGGUUCGACAGCCUCACCACCCUUCCGGGCCGACUGACUGAGAAAGAUCAUCCACGAUGGACGAAAACCUGGACGAAGGGACAAUACACGAGCUCGAGGAUGUGCUGCACACCAAGAUCUAUCCGGGGACGGAGAUCAUGAAAGAUGUCGGCAGUCACCACUUUGUCAAGGCCGGAGGGCGCAGCCGAAACGUGCUCAUCCCCCAGCCAUCCGACGACCCCAGGGACCCUCUGAACUGGUCUCCCCUCUGGAAGAACCUGACCAUCUUCUGCGCCACGGCCCUCUCCUUCAGCCUGAACCUGGGCCCUCUGGCCUUGGCCCCGAUGUUCGAGGCCUACGUCCAGGAGUGGAACAGGAGCCUGGCCGACGUCGUCCAGUUCACCGGCGUGGCCAUUCUCUGCCUGGGCUUCAGCAACUUCAUCUGGGUCCCCGUCAUGGUCUGUUUCGGCCGCCGUCCGGUCGCCAUCUUCUCGACUCUCAUCUGCAUUGGCUCUUCCUUCUGGAGGACCUACGCCACGAGCUACAACUCCUUCAUGGGCGCCUGCAUCCUGAACGGCCUGGCAGCAGGGCCGUGCGAGACUCUGAUGCCGCAGGUCAUAGCCGACGUCAUCUUCCUCCACGACCGGGGCAAGUACCAGACCCUAUACUUCUCCAUGUACUUCAUCUCGCUCAUGGUCGGGCCCAUCAUCUCCGGCGCCAUGUCUGAGCAUCUGAGCUGGCGGGGCUUCUGGUGGUUCAACACGGGCCUCCUGCUGUUCACCCUCGUCGUCAACAUCUUCCUCUUCCCCGAAACACGGUAUCGGCGAGCGGUCGAGCCGUCGGGGGAGAAGGACGCUCCACCAAACGGCAACGCCGCUGCCGGGGCCGGAAUCAUCGACAACGACCUCGACAAUAAGAUCGAGCGCAGCAACGGCGCAACCCACACCGAAGGCUUGCCUCCAGCCACCACCACCAACACCACCACCCUCAGCAACAAUAACAACACCAAUAUAAACGGCAACAGCAACGCCGACGACGCCGACCUCGCACCGCAGAUGACGCACCACGACCCCUUCUUGGGGUGUGGCUCGCCGUCCAAGAAGCAGUUCCUGCCCUUCCAGCGGUUCGAGGGCAACCUCCUCCGCGAGCUCUGGCUGCCCCUAUACCUGCACGCCUUCCCGAUCGUCGAGUUCGCCGCCUUCGUCGUCUCUUGGUCCGCCUCGGGCUUCCUGGUCGUCAACCUGUCGCAGUCGCAGGCCUUCGGGGCCCCUCCCUACAGCUUCAGCCCCCAGACCAUCGGCCUGUUCAACCUGGCCGUCCUGGUCGGCGGCAUCGUCGGCCUCGUCACCUGCGGGCCCCUGUCCGACUGGGUGGCCGCGCACCUGACGGCGCGCAACGGCGGCGUCCGCGAGCCCGAGAUGAGGCUCGUCGCCAUGGUGCCGUACGUCCUGGUCAUGGUCCUCGGGAGCGUCGUCACCGCCGUCGGGUACGACUACCACUGGCCGUGGCAGGCCAUCGUCAUCAUCGGCUACGGCUGCCUGGGCAUGCAGGUGUCGGCCCUGCCGUCCAUUGCGAGCACGUACGCCAUCGAUAGCUACAAGCCCGUGACGGGGUCCAUGUUCGUCACCAUCACCAUCAACAAGAACCUGUGGGGAUAUGGAGUCAGCAAGUUCCUCACUCCCUGGGCGGAGGAGAGCGGCUUCAGGCCGCCGAUCCUGAUGAACAUGGCUCUGAUCACGCUAUUCUCCUCCUGUGGGAUCAUCUUUUGGUUUUGGGGGAAGAAGUUCAGGGGCAUUACUUCCAAGUCGUUUGUGCACAAGUUGUGAAACCAUACCCUGUAGAAGAGUUUACCACGCCAGGUUUUAAGCUCCGGCUUCUCUUUCUUUCAAUAAUGGCAAUAAUCUGGACUCUCCUGAAAUGUCUGUGUAGUUGUCUUGGCUUCCGACUUUCUGAUUUCUCCUGCGUGCGCCUAGGGGUCUAACUGUCGGUUUGGAGGUUAGGUGACCAGUUCUGUCUAGGUUCCAGGUUCCGUAUGCCAGGGUAAUCCUAAAGCCUUGUUCGGUUCAGCUAAUUUAACAUCAGGCAAUUGCAGCAUGUCACAUAGCAUCAACUGAUUUCUUUUAGACUAGUUCAGAACCAACAGGUCCAUGAUUUGACUCA